CUCACCUCCCAUUUUCAAUCUCUACUCUCACAUUCUUCUUUUUAUCAUUCUCUUCACACGCUUUGUUCCUGACAAUUCCCUGACACAUUUCUCUCUCUCUCUCUCGCUGGCUCAAGUAGAUUUUGUGUCAGAAGAAUUCAAGUUUUCUUUUGUCCUUGUGAGCAAGGAGGCCCCUUUGUGUCAGAAGAAAAUCUUGCUAUUCCACAAUUGUUUCUCUUUCAUUCCUCUAUCCCCAAAACACACACAUAUAUAUAUACAUGCCCAACUGUUCAAAACCCUAAAUUUUGCUGCAAGUCUAGCACUUAAUUUCUCCAUAUCCCUCUCUUUUUGGCCUCCAUGACUCCUCAUCACGUAUCCAUGAAACCUCAUCAAAUAUCCAUGAAACCUAGCUCUAUUAAAACUAGGUUUGCUUAUGGGUUUAUGAGAACCCUAAAGAGACUCAGCAAGAGAAAGCCCACUUCAUCAUCGUCCCCAAGAGAGAUUUUCCGAUCAUAUCGUAUGAUAAAAAUGGCUUCUGAUGCAUCCAUGGCUUCUGCAGUGGGGUGUAGAAGAGCAUGGAGCCAUGCGAUGCUUUGGAAAAUUCGAUGCCAAUUGCCGCGUAGGUGCCAUGCUUUGGGGAGAAGAAAAAGAUCUAGAACAGAUGGGUGCAGGAGAAGAGGUGUGGCAAACAAAGCUGAAAAAGAGCUUGGUUUAGGCCAAACUGAUGAGCUUAGAGAUCUUGUGCCGGGCGGUGAAACCAUGGAUUUAAAUAUCUUGUUGGGUGAAACUGCACACUACAUAAAGUGCCUCACAACCCAGCUUGCUUGUAAUUCACUGAUUUCAUAUGUCCUGCCUCCUCCUCACUUAUUUGCUUUUUCCCCCUUUUUAUAUGUUUGAUAUGAACUAAACACUAUGUGUUGACUUUUAGUCAGGUGUUCCAGGUGAAGAUAGGAGGUGCUAUGAAGGUGAUGAUACAUAUAUCUAUAUCUAUUUUAUUAUAUAAAGUGUAUAUUUCAGUUAAUAUGAAUGUUGUCACUUUUUUUUCUUUUUUUCAAAAUAUUUUUUUCAAUCAGUAACUGUCAACUAUUGAAUGUUUUACUCACUAUCAAACUUUUCAAAACAGUUAAUCCGUUUUUCUCAAUCAUCAAACUAUCUAAAAAUUUAACUAUAAAAUUGCAAAUGCAUUGCGUUUGCACAAAUCGCUAGUACAUAUUGCAAAAUUUCAACGAUUAAACCUCCUCCCAAUUUAUUUAUUUAUUAUUAUUGAAACAAGAGAGGAAGUGGAAGAAGUUCUUGUCAUAUUGACUGAUACAUUUUUUGAUCAGCAUAGUGACUGAUACAUAGUUUUUCAUCUUUUGGGUUUCUCAUCAAGGAGUCUGGAGUCACUAACCAAAUGACUCCAAUCAAUAUCACUCUUUUGUGGUACAUUUCCAUUUAGUUUUAAAAGAGCUAACUGACCUAAUUUGUAGUAUUUGUUUUGUUUUGUUUUUUUGAUUUUUUUUAAAUUUUUUUAUUUUUUUUAAAUAAAAAUAAAAUAAAAUAAAAUAAAAGUUGAAGUCUUGUGCAUUACCAUAUUUUUGGUCAAAAUCUCAAUUGAAAGGAAUUUUUUCACCUUCUUCAAGCCAACUUUCGAAAUUUAUGCAAAGAAUCUCAAGUUAGUACAUUAUUUUUACAUAUAUGUAAUAUAUAUUUUAAAUUUUUUAUCCUUUUUGUAUGCACAGAUUUUCUUGAUAAAAUUGUGAAAAAACUAGAAUUGUUAAAAUCUAUUUUAUGCAUGUAAAUUCAACAUGUAGAGAUAUAAAAGUUGUUAUUAUAUUUGGAACAUUCUAAAUAUUAGUUAUGCUUUUUUCCAUGUCAAAAGGAACAAACUAUUCUAUGAUUUACACAAAUUAGCCACUUGGAAUUUCAAAGAGGUACUCUUAGGAUAAGCAGAGAACAUUGAUCUAGUUGAUGCUUUCUUUUUUCUUUUUUUAAGUUUUUUUUAUUUAAUAAAUGAUCCUAACUGAAUCAUUAAAAAUCUUCAGUUUUCACCAUUGUUAUAUUUAUUACAAAAUCAUUAAAAAUCUUUAAACUAGACACUCGAAACUAGGGCUAUAAACAAAACGUAAUCUUCAUGAAUAGUUUCUUGCACAAGUUCAUUCAAUUCUGUAUUCGAUUUGAGCUUGAACCUAAAUUUGAGCACGAUUAAUAAAUGAGUUGACCUUGAAAAACAAGCUCGUAUUGUUUUGGCUCAAUUUAUUGUUUACUAGUUAUGGAUGCAAAAGCGAUGCAUUGGCAAUUUUACAUUUAAAUUUUUGGAUAGUUUGAUUAUUGAGAAAAAUUGAAUAGAAUUUUUUUUUUAGCGGUUUUAUGAAUAAGAAAAAUCAUUCAUACUUAUUGGAUGGAAAGGAAAUUUUUAGAAAAUGAAAAAAACAUGACAGCAUUCAUACCAACUCAGGUGUAU